CUCCUAGAGCUUCACUCUGGAGGAGGAAAGUCAUAACGGUGGGUUGGUCAACCUGGCACCGAGGGACCCCCCCCCAACCCCCCUGUAUUUACCAACAACAGGCGUCUAUUUCCUAACACUGUACCGUCCUGGCAACACGGACUCGCUCUGAAAAAAAACAUCCCUCUACCUCGACUAAAUAAAUGUCAAGAGACACACAAGAGCCAAGAGAUAAGGAUCGCUGCUCGGAAGAAGUGCAGAGAAAUACGGAGAGUCGGGCGAACACGUAGAGAAAAAACAAGAAACGCGCACGGGGUCGUCGCCGUUGCCUUUCUCAAUGCAUACCCUUUGUGCCCGGGGAACGAUGAAGCCAGAGAUCACCGCCGCGGUCGGAUUUCUGUCGAGGUUUCUGAGGGUAAAAGGACACGUAAACGAUCGACAGGUCCAAACAUUCAACCAAAGCUUACAGGACAUUUUGUCAGAGCAAUACAAGCACCACUGGUUCCCAGACAGACCCUGCAAGGGUUCAGGUUACAGAUGCAUCCGUAUUAACCACAAGAUGGACCCACUGGUGGGGCAGGCAGGCCAGCGCAUCGGCCUAACCAUCCAGCAACUCUACCAGCUGCUGCCCAGUGAGCUCACGCUCUGGGUCGACCCCUUUGAGGUGUCCUACCGCAUCGGCGAGGACGGCUCCAUCUGCGUGCUGUACGAGUCGCAGCCCUGCCCUGUAGGAAUGCCGACAAUGGCCACCGCCCUCUCCCCCUCAGGAAACAGCGGGUCCGGGGGCCCCAUGGUGGACAGUCACAUCAGCUGCAAGGAGGAAAUGAUGGUGAUGGGCAGAUCCAGUCCCUCCAAAUCCUACAAUAUGAUGACUGUGUCCAGUUAAAGAGGCACGCCGUCGCCCCGGCCUACUUUUGUUCAGGGUCAUGCCGUGGCUGGUCGGGUCAUGUGACCAGAUCAGGGUGAGCCUUUUUGAAGCUAAGAAUAUGAAAUGAAAUAGUGAAAGAAGAAAAAAGAAAAAAAAACAGAGGAUGUGGCCUAUCGUCCAGGUGAUGGAAACCUUUUAGGUUUAAUAUUUUUUACCCUCUCCCCCCCCCCCCACCCCCAUUAUCAUCUGUUCUGUUGUGUCAUUGGAUCAGCUGGACACUCCGUUUCUUUUAGGAGAGGCUUUGUGGAAAUGGAACUGUUGGGGCAGCUAAACCAACCAACCAACCAACCAACCAGGAACCCCCAUGGAGACGGGCUCCACCUACCCCCCCCCCCCCCCCCCCCUUCGACUGUAAACAACAUAGUGGUCAACUCCAUCUCUGAAGGGGCUAUCAUUGACUUUGCACUUUCUAACUUGUGGUUAUAAUGGGUACAUGUUUAACACACAACCGCAAAACACCAAAACCUAAAUUGUAAGGAAUUUAUAUCAGGAACUACCCCCUUGAAUUUCAAACUCCAGAGGUUAUUCAAUUUGUGUUUUCACUUGUUUUGUUUCCUGGGUGGGGGGGGGGGGAGUUGGGGUUUAGAGUCUUUUGAAAUCCAAGCUCAAGGUAAAGAAACACCCAAUGAGAGCAUCUCUAUUUUCUAUAAGAACCCCUUUUUGGACCACAGGGAAUUAGAUUUCUUUAUCUUGUAGCUGGUAAAAAAAGGCUUUUGACCUUAACUUUGCCCCCCCCCCCCCCCCUCUACCAUCAGCAUCGAGCCUAAGAAAACCUUAAUUUCACCGUUCUCUUGGCCCGUAUGCAAGUGCAAGUGGAAUGUGUUGUGGCACCUGCUACCUGUGGAUACCAGUGUGUCCUGUUGUACUGUCACUCUCCCAUCACCCUUGUAUGUGUAGCUUUCCAGGGGGGGGGGAGGGCAGGGGAUCCGUCUCCUCCCCCUUCCCCCUCCAGUUAAUGAAUGUUGUUGAAAAUCACAA